UCAGUCAUGGGGCUGCUGCUACCGAUCCUUCUUGGUUUUCUUGCCUCUCUAAUAGGAGGGUUAUACCUUCUGGGGGUUUUUCGACAGCGACAACUACGAGAACCCCCGCUGGAUAAGGGCCCCAUCCCUUGGCUGGGUCAUGUCUUAGAGUUUCGCAGGAACACGUUGAAGUUUGUAGAGAGGAUGCAGAAAAAGCAUGGUGAUGUAUUCACAGUACAGCUUGGAGGGUAUUAUAUAACAUUUCUUCAAGACCCUCUGUCUUUUGGGGCAUUUAUUAAGGAGAGUCGAGACAAACUGGACUUCAACAAAUUUGCAAGGCAACUGGUGCGCCAAGUCUUUGGCUACUCAGCCAUAGAGAAUGAUCACCACAUUCUCCAGGUGUCCAGCAACAAACAUCUCAAGGGGGAAGGCCUGGAAGUAAUGACACAAGCCAUGAUGAGUAAUUUGCAGAAUCUCAUGUUGCACAACAUUGGCUCAGCUGCAGACCAGAAGACCUGGAUAGAAGAUGGACUGUUUAUGUACUGCUACAAUAUAGUUUUCAGGGCUGGCUACUUAUCCCUGUAUGGUAAUGUGCCACCCAAGUCUGAAGAGAGUGAGGAGAGUGCCAAAGAGAAAGACAGAACUGAAUCAGAAGCCUUAUUUUACGAAUUUCGUAAAUAUGACCAGCUUUUCCCAAACCUGGCUUAUGGUGUCCUGACCCCGACGAAAAGGAUGGAAGCACACAAGCUGAUGGAGUUCUUCUGGGACGCUCUAUCAGUGCAGAAGAUGAGGGUCAAGGACAAUAUUAGUCGCUGGGUGUGGGACAUGCAGCAGGCCAAAGAGGAGAUGGGAAUGACAGAGGCAAUGAUAAACAGAUACAUGUUUGUGCUUCUUUGGGCCUCUCAGGGCAACACGGGUCCUUCUUCAUUUUGGCUGCUCCUCUUUCUUAUGAAGCACCCAGAAGCUAUGAGGGCUGUGAAGGAAGAGGUUGAUAAGGUCCUAAAGGAAUCUGGGCAGGAAGUCACACGUGGUGGCCCUUUAGUCGACCUGACCCGUGAGAUGCUGAUGAAAACACCAGUCUUGGACAGUGCUGUAGAGGAGACCCUCCGACUCACUGCUGCACCACUCCUCACCAGAGCAGUUCUCCAGGAUAUAACGAUCAAGAUGGCUGAUGGUCGAGAAUACUUCAUUCGCAAGGGUGACAGAAUGGCAGUCUUUCCUUACAUUGCUGUUCACAUUGACCCAGAAGUCCACGCUGAUCCACAUUCAUUCAAGUAUGACCGCUUUCUGAAUCCAGAGGGGAACAAGAAAACUGAUUUUUACAAAGGAGGGAAGAAAGUGAAGUAUUUCAACAUGCCCUGGGGUGCCGGGGUCUCCAUGUGCCCUGGGCGUUUCUUUGCCACCAAUGAGCUAAAACAGUUUGUUUUUCUGAUGUUGUGCUACUUUGAGUUUGAACUGAAGAAUCCUGAUGAGAAGAUACCUGAAAUUGACUACAGCCGAUGGGGCUUUGGAUCAAUGCAGCCCCAAAAUGAUGUUCAGUUUCGAUACAGACUCAGAUAUUAAACCUGCAAUCGAUUUAUUGGGUUUGUUUUUGGUUUUGAUCAUCUUGGUGAGCUUUGAUUUGAAAAUCAUGUUUCUACACACAUAAUGAAAUAUUAUUUUUACCUUGAUGUCACUAAUAUUAUUACAGGCACAUAAUGGAUGUGUCUUCAAAACAUAAAGUAUCUUUUAAUAUAUUUAGAUAUAAAUAAAUUGUCUAAUAUGCAGUACAGAAAAUGCACCAGUACUAUAUUUUGAACAGUUUAUAAAUUACAACUUGAUAUCUAUAUUUUUUCCCCAAAAGCAGAGAUUUCAUUCAUUUAAUUCAACAAUAAUAUAAUAGCAUAUAGUCUCAUAGACCUUAAAUGUAUUGUUGGUUUGACACUGAAUAUUGUGACUGCAGUUAUUUUCCAUUGUGAUAUAAUAGGUGAAGCUACAUGUCAAAUUUGUUUUAGUAUGGUGAAGUGACAACCUAUAAUAAUUCAUUGUUACAAAAGUCAAAUUGUAGUAAUAAAGAAAUUAAGAUGGUAGUCAAAAACAAAAAGCUUACUAAUAUGUUGUAAAUAUGUGAUUAUAUUACACUUAAUUUUACAUCUAAUUAGAUGAAGUCAUUGUCUUUGUUUGUGUAAUGUUAUGAUUAGACAGGGAAGGUGAUUUGUUUAGCUUGUGUCUUACAUUUGUGCAGUUGUCCAUGCAGUAUAUGUAACAUCACUAGACUGGUUUUACUAGGUCAUGGUUAGUUUUUUCAAUACUGGGAAGUCCUCUUCCUGUAAACGGCACAUGUAACCUCAAUGACUGACUUUGUAAUAGGAUGAGAUUAUGUAUGGCUUAGGGUUUUUAGAUUUUUCCACCUUUGUAAUAAACCCUUUACUUAACCAAAAUAUCACAAUUUGUAAUGGCUGGGCCUAAGUAUUUCAUGAGACUGAAUUAGAGACAAAGUGAACUGGACUGGAUAAAGCUAUUUCAACACUGUAGCGACUCUUGAGACUGUUGAGCUGUAUUGUUUUACAAUGUAAUUGCUCAAUAAAUCAUGACUGUAACUCUU